CUCCCAAUCCCCAAGUAUCACGAGUGUGUGACAGCAUGAGACAGGGGUGGCGCAUUGAGAACCUAUAGCAGAUACGUAUGUCUCCUCGCUAGUUGUUUUUCUGUGGCUUUGCGGACAGUUUCUGAACACUUUCCUCUGAAGCUGCAAGAAAGACCUUUGUAUUGAAAGGCAUCAGCUUUGAAUCACAGGGCACCAUGAAUCGAAAAGAAUACAUCUAGUCGUAGUCCAUUUUUUGGGGUGUUGCUAUCUUUUACAUUUUUGGAAGACUACAGCAACAGCUCCAGCAUGUCAACCAAAAAGGCAUAUCUUCGUUCUGUGGGUUUGGCCCUUCUAGCUCUGGCAGGCUGGUGGUCCCUGUGUGCUGCUGAUGUGGGGGACUUCGCCCCAUGUCUGAACUUCUUCUACAGGUCGUGGCCCCCCAAGGGUCUGUCGGGGACCCCCAUCUGUCAGCGCUAUGAGAACCAGUACCACUUCGCCUCGCUGUACAGCCGCCCACGACGCUCGCCAAGGUUCUCUGCUUACAUGUUCAGCCCGCCAGAAGGGAAAAGGCCCCCAGCAAACUGGAAGUUUGAGCCACAGUUAGCCAACGCCACAGCGGAUGGCAACAUGACCCCCUUCCCACUAGGUGAGCUGGACCCGAAUGUGGUGAACAGCCAGGCCGUCCAGCUGGACUAUACCAACUCCUCCUACACUCGGGGGCACCUCAACCCCAGCCUUCACCACCGGACCCAGGAGGGCCGCUCGUCCACCUUCACCCUGACCAACGUGGUCCCUCAGAAGGUUGGCUCCAACAACGGGCCCUGGGAGACACUGGAGAACCAGGUCAACCACACUCUGGGCUCCUACUGCCUCGGUGUGGCCUACGUUGUGACGGGGGUUAUUCCCUACCUGGACAACAAGCACUGGAUCAAGGGUCAUCGAGUGGCAGUGCCGGAGUACAUGUGGUCAGCCUACUGCUGCCCUAAGUACAACAAGAGUCUACUUAACAAGGUUAAUCUUAGCAAGGUUUUCCCCACGUAUGCUGCUAUUGGACGCAAUGACCCAAACAGCACAGAAGAGAUUGUGCCCAUUGACAAAAGCAGUCACAAAAGGUUCUGGGGUUACGAUGUAAGGCGUAUGCCUCUGGAUACGUUGGAGAUGUACCUGAAGGAGCGAUUUGGGACCGUCAUCAGUGUGUUUUAUGAACAAUGCUCUGGGUUACAAUGACCAUAUCUACCAUAUGCAUAUCUAAUAGAUUAUCAAGUUCAUGUUCUAAGGGGGGUGUAUUGUAAUGGAUCAUGUGUGCAUAGACAGCAAAAUUACAUUUUUUUCCAAUUAAUUUGGCACUAACAUCACAAGUAGUAUGUCCUCAAUUUUAGCACACGUGCUCUUAAAAUGGUCUAGAUUGCUCAACAGUCUAGGUAAGAAGUAAAUCAUGGACAUCAAAAACACUUGGUAACACUUUAUAUAUAACAGUGUCAAAAUAAUGUAAUACGCAUGAAAUGUGUCCCAAAUGUCAUAAUAAAAUGUCACUGAAAGUCAAA